GACACACAAACUAACGUUACUAGGCGACCUGACAAAAACGGUGAAACGCCUGAUAGUCCAGAAGAAAUUACAGUUGAAGAAAAGGACACUCUCGAAGAAACUAAGCCCCAAAAGACUGCCCCAGAAGAUGAAACAGUUCCACCGCAAAGGAAUGAUACAUCCAGCGAACGUGAAUCAAGUGAAAUCAAAAAAUCUGAACCGAUUAAAAGAAAAGUCCAGAAAAUUGUUCCAGUCCCAGAAAUACCUGAUAUUUCCGAAACUAUUUUACCAUUAAACGAUGUUAUUCAUGAAGCAGCAGAAAUUGCUAAACAGACUUCCUCUAUAAAUGAAUACAUUACAGUUACAAAAGAUUUUAUUACACCUCUAGAAGAAUCAGCCACUUUAGAACCAAAAAAGGUCAUCAAAGACUUACCAGAAAUUGUUCAAGUCCCUGACCUUAAAGAGACAAGUACAAUUUCUGAACCAACUCCAGUGGUCCUAGCUGCGAAGGAAAUUGAAACACCAAAAGUUACACCAAAAGAGGAUGAUGAACCAAAGCAAACGAAACGACAAGAAGUUAAGAAAACGCCUCAACAAGAAGUUGAAGAUAAGCAGAAGAUUGAAGAAAUUGUAGAAAAACCAAAAUUAAAAUUAAAACCUCAAAAAAUCGAACACGUCACAGUAGAAGUCAGCAAACCUCAACAACCAGACCAAGUGGAAGGACCUCAGUUUUCUAAACUUAAACUUAAAAAACCUGCACAAAAACCUAAACAAGAGCCAAAAACGGUUUCUUUGCCCAAAUUUCAAUUAAAAAGCCGAAUCAAAUUUGUAACAGAUUGGCCACCUAGUCCAGUUGUACCUUUAAUCACUAUAAUUGGAAGUAUAAGGCAAAGUGGAGAACUAUCACGCAACAUCAAAGAAGCACAAAAAAUAAAGAAGAAAACAAAAAUGCUGAAAUUACCAGACCUAGAAACAUGUGAAUUAGAAAAAGUAGAAGCUAUAGAAAUUGAUACGGAUAAAGUCACACAGAAAGAAGUGCCGAUUGAAAAAACUUUAGGUCCCGAGGAGAGACUUGAAGUAAAAGAACCAAACGAUGUAGAAAUAACGAAGAAACCCAAAAAGUUGGUUCCUAUAAAAAUAGAAAAAAAAGUAUUGGAAUUGGAUAAGCCACAACAUGCUGAAAGUAUUGACACUCCUCAAUUUACAAAAGUGAAACUAAAGAAAACAUCAACACAGCCAAAGCAAGACACUUCUUCUGUUAAAAUACCUAAACUUCAGUUAAAGAGUCGCGUAAAAUUCGUUAACGACUGGCCACCGGAAAUUAUUAAACCUUUGAUUUCGACGAUUGAUAGUAUUCGACAGAGUGGAAUUUUAUCUAGAAACGUUAAAGAAGCUGCAAAAAUUAAGAAAAAACCUGUGAAAGUAACAAUCCUCCCUGACGUAGAAAAAACUGAAUUAGAAAAACCAAUGUUUACUCACGACGAUCUAAUGGAAACUAGUGAAAAAGUAACUGAAUAUAAAGAAAUACCCGAAGAGGUAAAAGAAAAGACUCCAGAGGAUAUUCCUGAAGAAUUCAUAAUUCAACCGCGUAGACCUAGUGUUAAAAAAAUUGAAGAAAUUGAAAAUGAAGUUACUAUUAAAAAGAAAUUAAAACCAACCAGAAAGUCGUCAGUUACUCUUCCAGAAAUAACGGAGCCUGAAAUUGUUAUGUUUAGACCUAAAACAACUAAAACUCUGGAAGAUGUUGAACAAGAGUUUAAUAUUCAAUUAAAUUCCUAUGCUGAAGAAGAAAUUUCUAUGUCUAGUAAGGUCAAAUUGAAACAACAGAAACCAACGACCUUUAGCGAAGAAGCUAAUGAAACUUCUAUUAAAUUUUAUGAAGAUAAAGAAGAUACAGAAGGUCCUGAGGAAAUAAUUAUAUCAGAAACAGAAGAAGAUAUGGGUAAUGAACCAAUGGAUAUUGUAUUAUCGAUGAAAAAGCCAAAGAAGAAACAAAAAGACGUUACAGUUACUUUAGAUGAUACUUCUGUUACCUUAGCUAAACCUAAAACACCAGAUGAAGUCGAUGAAAUCAGUGAAGACGUGAAUAUAACGCUAGAAAAGAAGCCUAAAUACGUUAUCGAUAAUCAAGAAGAGAUUGCCUUUGAUGUCAAACAACAAAUUGAUCAGUUUAAGCAGGAAGACCUAUCGCUGUCUAGUAAAAUUAAAUUAAAGUCAAAGAAAGUUUUAAGUAAAUCCGAGGCUGCGGAUGAAGUUUUAAUUCAAUUACAAAAAGAAAUUGAGGACACUAGUCAAGCGGAAGAGAUAAUUGUAAGUGAAGGAGAAUCGGAUGACAAUGUCGAAAUGGUCAUUAAACGAAAACAAAAACGGACGCCUUAUGAAGUUAGUGAAGUUGAAGAGCUGAGUGUGGAACUUAAGCCUAAGAAAAGAUCUGAAGUGACAUUUGAAGAAGAACAAGUCACAAUAUCAACUAAACGGAAACCCAAAAAGCCAUCCUUACAAGAAGCAGAGGUCACCAUGAGCAUAUCGAGAGAACAGGAAUUCCCUGAUACUCCAGUUAACGUUCGCUGUGGUGACACCGUAUUCGCGGUUUACUCGUAUGUAGCAGAAACUGAUGAAGCUAUUAACCUAGUGGAGGGAGAACGCCUUUACAUAUUAGAUACUGCUAAUCAAGAUUGGUGGUACGUACGCAAACACCUCACGGAGGAGUUAGGAUGGGUGCCCGCGCAGUACCUAAUGGACGAAGAAACUUAUACACUAUAUCUGCAGAAGAAAUUGAAUGAGAAAAUUGAUAAACUUCCAGUGUUCGAAAAACCAACAUCUGAGGAACAAGCAAUAGCCCCAAUAUUUGUUGAAAAGUUACGACCAAAACACACCCCGGACGGGUCGACAGUCCAAUUCGAAUGCCAAGUUGAAGGCUAUCCAAGACCACAAAUAACUUGGUUCCGACAAACCGCCAUUAUUAAACCGUCUCAAGAUUUCCAAAUGUACUAUGAUGAUGAUAAUGUUGCAACACUAGUAAUUCGCGAAGUAUUCCCUGAAGAUGCAGGUACCUUUACGUGUGUUGCCAAAAAUGCUGCCGGAUUUGCAUCUAGUACUACCGAGUUAAUUGUUGAAGCCCCACUCUCUGACCACGGGUCUGAAAUGACUAUAUUAUCUAGAAAGAGUCUCUCGAGGGAAUCAUCUCUAGCUGAUAUCCUAGAAGGUAUACCACCAACUUUCUCAAAGCGUCCGAAAGCACAAUACGUUGAUGAAGACUCUGAUAUAUACUUAGAAUGCCGCUUAGUUGCCAUUCCUGAACCUGAUAUCACGUGGUUGUUUAGGGGUGAAGAAAUUAUGCCUAUUUCAAAUAUAUCUAUAGUAACUGAGUCGGAUAUGCAUAUGUAUUGUAGUGUACUAAAAAUAACGAACGUAAAGAAACAUCAAGAAGGAACAUACACGGUAUUAGCAAUAAAUAGAGAAGGUGAAGCAAGUUUACCAAUAGUUCUCAAAAUAAGAACCGGGGACAAAGAAAAGCCACAGGUAAUUGAGCCUUUGAAAAAUAUCACAAUAAGACAAGGCGAGAGCUUUGUGUUAACCACACAAGUGGUUGGAAAUCCAGAACCCACGGUUAGUUGGUACAGAAACAAUAAACCUUUAAAGAGUGUUUCUUCUAAGUCGGACGGUAACGUUCACUCUAUUACAAUUAUAAAACCCAAGAAGGACAAAGAUGAUGGUGUUUAUACAUUGAAAGCUAUCAAUUCAGAGGGUUCAACAGAAACAUCUGCAGUCAUUAUGAUAGAAGAACCUACCGAGGAAAACGCCGAGCCCCCACUUUUUGUUCAUAGAUUCCAAGAAAUUACGGUAAAAGACAAAGAGACUAUAAGAUUAAAUGCCAAAGUAACAGGGAAUCCAGUACCAUCUAUAACGUGGUAUAGAAAUAACAAAAUAAUCGCACCAUCAGAGACAGUAACCCAGAGAUUCGACGGAGAAAAUAUCGAAUUGACGAUAACAAACGUUGAUUCAGAAAUAGAUUCCGGCGACUAUAAAUGCGUAGCAUCUAAUAGCGCUGGUAAGGCAUCCCAUGGUGCUAAAGUCACGAUCGACGUGGAAAAGGUUACUUUUGUUAAGAAACUUAAGAAAAAAUAUGAGAUUGAGGAAGGAAAAACAAUUAUAUUAGAAUGUGAAACGUCGCACACAGUUUCCACAAAGUGGUAUCAUAAUAACAAAGAACUAAGUGGUAUGGAUCACAGAGAAAUUAUACAAGAAGGCAGAGUUCACAAGUUAAGAAUCAAAAAAGUGAAACUUUCAGAUCAAGGAUCAUUUAAAUGCGUUGUUAAAGAUCAAGAAACAGGUACAAACAUGAGUGUCCGUGAAACCAUCCCAGAAUUUAUAAGACGCUUGCAAGACUUUGAAGUGAAGGAACGAGAUAUCGCAAUUUUGGAGGUUGAAGUGAAUUCCGAAACUGCAGAUGUUGUUUGGGAAAGAGACGGUGAAAUCAUUACACCAAAAAAGAACAAAUAUGAAGUGGAGAAACGAGGCAAUAUUCGAAAAUUAUUUAUACGAAACACUUCUGUUCACGAUGAAGGCGAAUAUUUAUGUAAACUGCGUGACGAUUCUUGUAGCGCUGAAAUAACUGUAGUUGAAUUGCCGCCUGAAAUUAUAUCUCGUCUUCAAGACCAGCGUGUAAACAAGGGUUAUAAGGCUACAUUUGAAAUAGAACUAACAAAGGGCGACGCCUUAGUUAGAUGGUUUAAGGACGAUUCGGAAAUACAAUUUUCAAAUCACAUACAGCUCACUAUCGAUGGAAAGAAACAAAAAUUGAAGAUCUACGAUUGUGACUUGAGUGACGCUGGAGAGUACGCGUGUGAAGUUGGUAACGACAGAUGCAUAGCAACACUAUUCGUCGAUGAGCCAUCCAUUGAUUUCACACUGCGUCUUCCUGAAGUGAUGGUCGUACCAGCGGGCACAGAUGCUUACUUAACAGUUGAAAUUCCAGAUGAACAAUACGACGUCACGUGGUUCAAACGAAAGAACGUGAUAGAGGACACAGAUAAAUUUACCCUCAUUAGGGAUGGUAAGAAACGCACACUUAUUAUCCGAAAAUGUAUUGAAGAGGACCAAAGCGAGUAUUCCUGCGUUCUAUUAGAAGCUAGAUGUUCAACGAAAUUGAAAGUAGAAGUUAUCGAAUUCCCGCCCAAAUUGAUAUCGUAUGAAAAGGAGUACCGAGUCAAGCGAGGCAGCGAUAUAACUAUAAAUAUUCAAUAUGAAGCAAAUCCACCGCCCAACGAUGAAUGGAUAGUUAACGCCAAGAUCAUAAAGCGUUCUAAACAUUUGAAACCUUCAAUUGAUUCCAAGACAGCGAGUCUCACUAUUAAGAAAGUUGAACAUUCCGAUGCUGGUUUAUACAGAUUAAAACUUGAGAAUAACUGUGGUGAAGUGGAAAUUGAGGUUAAAGUUAUAGUUAUAGAUCUUCCAUCACCGCCGGGAGCACCCAGAAUUCUGGAAAUAGAUAAUACAUUUGUAAAUAUAUUCUGGAACGAGCCGGUUGACACUGGAUGUUCAGAGAUUCAGUGCUAUAUUAUAGAAUAUCAAGAGAAAAAUACCACAGAGUGGAUGUCGAUAGAAAACGUGAGACUAAAUCAGUAUUGUGUCGAAAACUUAAAAACCAAGUUCGAGUAUAGGUUCCGCGUAUUCGCUGUCAACGAAGUCGGGGUCAGUGAAGCUUCUGAGGUAACGGACUUCGUAAGAAUAGAUAAAAUCACAAAGGGACAAGCGCCAACCGUCGAAAAACCAUUGAAGGAUAUGCUAGUAAGCCCUGAUGAAUGCGUUGAGCUGUCCUGUAUAUUCGGUGGUAUACCAGAACCAAAGGUGACCUGGACAAAGAAUGGAAAACAACUUAAGACGGCCAAAGCCUCGUAUGUCAAUCGGGUUGCCACUCUCAUUAUAACGGCAACAAAAACAAGUGAAGGUGAAUACAAAUGUAUAGCGACUAAUGAAUAUGGUGAAGUAAACACAUCUUCUCAUCUAGAAAUACAAUUGAAACCAAUAAUAAGAGUUCCCGAUGAUGAAUAUGAUUAUAAGAGCAAAAUUGACAGCGAAUGGACACUAACCGCCUCAUUAGACGGCAUACCACAACCAGAAGUCACGUGGUAUAAGAACGGUGUUAGGCUACAAACAAAAGAGGAAUUAGAGAUUGUUACCACGGAAUCUUCUAGCACAAUUAUAAUAUCCAGCUUGAGACGGUCCCAUAGCGGGAAGUACACGAUUGAGGCGAGCAAUAAAGCUGGAAAGUCAUCUUUGGAUGUUUCACUUAAAGUAUUCGAUAAGCCAAGCAGGCCCGAGGGUCCCGUGAUAAUGCGGGAGAUAAGCAGGGAAUCGGUAACAAUAGAAUGGAGACCGCCAGUAGACGACGGUGGAUUAGAACUCACGAAAUACGCUAUAGAGAAACACGAUCCCGAAGUAGACCAAUGGGUGAAGGUAGCCGACGUGAACAAGGAUGUGGAAACCUACUGUAUUCAAAGACUGAACGAAAAUUGUGAAUACAUGUUCCGCAUUAUGGCACAGAAUCCUGUUGGACUAUCGGACGCUUUGGAGAGCGAACCGAUUGUGAUUAAGACUGCUCUAGACGUUCCAACACCGCCCCUGGGUCCCCUUGGCUUUUACGGCAUUGAUCGAAAUUCCGUAACAGUAACAUGGAACCCAUCCGAACGAAACGGUGGUUCAGCGAUCCUCGACUACACUAUAGAGAUAAAACAAGACGGCAAAAGCUGGACGACCGUCGCGACAGUACCAGAAACAUUGGCGCAUAUAGAACAAUUAUUACCAAAUUCCACAUACAAAUUUAGAAUAUACGCUAGGAACGAAAUUGGUACUAGUCUACCGUAUGUCUCGGAAAAGGAGAUCACCAUUGGAAAAACGCUGUCUCCACCAUCGCGCCCACAGAGGUUCAUUGUAAUAGACAUAACCUCAAGGUCUGUUACAUUACAGUGGAGGGCACCUGAUAGUGAUGGAGGUAGCCCCAUAACAAAUUACAUAAUAGAAUACAAGACCGUGAAGGGAAAAUCAUGGUCGAAGGUGAUAACCGUCAGUGGUUCAGUUUACGAGCACUGCAUAGAGAAUCUAAAGGAGAAGGAACAGAUCGUGUUCCGGAUAUCAGCUGAGAAUGCAAUUGGUGUCAGCUUACCCACGCAGUCACAGAACGUCCGCUUGGACAAGCAUGCUACUGUACCAUCACCGCCGACCGCACCACUCGAAAUCAGAAUGGUGGGUAACAAUAUGGUGAUGACGUCAUGGGGAACACCAGAGUGGGACGGUGGAGCGCCCCUCCUCGGCUACAACAUAGCUAUCCGUGACGUCACCAAAACCAUGUGGAUAGAAGUCGGCAAGGUUGAUGCCAAUAACCUGAAGUUCAAUAUACGCGACCUGAACGAGGAUCAUACGUAUAUGGUACGGAUAUACGCGAGGAACGAGAUUGGUCUCAGUGAACCGUUGGAGUCUGAUGAACCCUUCAAGGUUCUGCCUGGAGAAGACUCGCACUACGAGGAGGAGCCCGGAGAACAUACUGAGGCUACGGAGCCGACUUCCUUCAGUCAGACGACCACAUCUUGGCUCCGGGACCACAACAUGGACGCCGAUAUACGCUCAUACGCCCGAGGCUCCCUCCUCAGAAGGGACGAGUACUUCUUCAGAAUCUGGUACUACGCGAAACAGCUGUUCAAAUAA